AGAAAGUGUAAAUAUCACGUGGGAGGUGUGCGAUCAUGUGUUCGUUUCCGAUAAAAUAGAUCGAAAGCAAGGGAAUUAUAGAAAAUAUAUUUAUUUCGUUAUUGCACAGGUGGAUAUGGAUGACAAGGCGAUACUUUUGGCAUCUGAAAAAAAUAAUGUCUUUGUUCUUCCUCGACAGAAAUAUGUCAGGAGAAGAAAAUUCGGUGCUAUUCUUCUAUGGUUUGUUUCCAUUAUAUUUUUCUGUGUUCUGGCUUUCGUAUUUUUCAACGGCUAUAAGACUCGAGAUAUAAAAAUAAUCUUCUUGAAAGAUGGUGGUUUUGGGAAAUUAUCGAUCAGUAAAUUGAAGGAAAGUGAAAAUAUAUUUGUUUAUAAAAUUACUGAUAUAUCAGAUGAUGAUGAUGGUGAUGACAGUUCCUCGGGAAAGACGAUAGAGCAAGCAAGUUGCACGAUUGUGCCAGAUAAUGAAAAGUUUGAUUGUUAUCCUGAUACACCAGUUACUGAAGAUAAAUGUGUUGCUAGAGGAUGCUGUUGGAAAGUUGUACAGAAUGGAGCUGCAAAUGUCAAUUUAACUUUUCCUCCCUUGAAUGUGCCAUAUUGUUAUUAUCCUGCAAACUACACAGGUUAUAAUGUCACGUUUGUCAAAAAUACUAAAUGGGAGAUAGAAGCGCGUCUUCGGAGGCUUAUACCGUCUGGAUUUCCAAAUGAUGUUGAAAAUGUUUUGGUCAAAGUGUCAAUGGAACAUCAUUCUCUUAGAAUACAGAUAAUUGAUCCUAGUAAGAAACGCUAUGAAGUUCCAUUGGAAAAGAUAUUCCAACGCAAACUGUUUCGUAGAGAUGAAUCACUGAUAGAUAUGCUAUAUGAUGUAGAGUUAAAUAAAAAUGGUGACUUGAAAGUGAAAAGAAUAAAAACUAAUGAAACUAUAUUUCACACCGAUUUGAAACGACUGGUGUUUUCGGAUCAAUUUCUGCAACUGUCCAGUCGAUUGCCAUCUCCUUAUGUUUAUGGCUUAGGACAACAUAAGGCACCAUUACAGCGGAAUGUCUCUUGGCAGCGAUUCACAUUUUUCAAUCGUGAUAGAUCACCUACGCCAAAUAUGAAUCUGUAUGGAAGUCACCCAUUUUACCUAUGUUUAGACAGUGGCAAAUGGAGUCAUGGAGUGUUUUUAUUGAACAGUAAUGCUAUGGAUGUUAUUCUACAACCGACUCCUGCAGUUACAUUUCGUUCAAUUGGAGGAAUAUUGGACUUUUUCGUUUUCCUUGGUCCAUAUCCGGACAGUGUCAUAAUGCAAUUUACAAAAGUCAUUGGCACUACUUUUAUGCCGCCUUAUUGGAGUUUAGGAUUUCAUCUUUGCAGAUAUGGCUAUAAUACUUUAAACAGAACAAAACAAAUUUGGAAACAAAAUAGAGAUGCUAAGAUUCCAUUUGAUGUACAAUGGAAUGAUAUUGAUUAUAUGGUUAGGCACAACGAUUUUACUUACGACAAGACUAGAUUUGCUGGAUUACCAGAAUUUGUCGAUGAAUUACAUUCAGUAGGAAUGCAUUAUAUUCCAAUCAUUGAUCCUGGUAUUAGUGGUUCUGAGAAACCAGGCACUUAUCCUCCAUAUGAUGAUGGCGUUAAGAUGGAUAUAUUUGUUAAAAAUAGUUCUGGGGAAAUAUUCAUUGGCAAGGUUUGGAAUAGUGUAUCUACUGUUUUCCCUGAUUUUACAAACCCCAAAGCUAUAGAUUAUUGGACUAAACAAUUUCAAUAUUAUCAUGAUCAAGUUAAAUUUGAUGGUGCUUGGAUUGAUAUGAAUGAACCAUCUAAUUUUUACAAUGGUCAGAAAGAUGGAUGCCCAACUUCAAGAUUUGAAAAUCCACCCUAUGUUCCUGGUGGAAUGGAGCCUUUAUGUACUAGAACAUUAUGUAUGACGUGUCAGCAGAAUGCUUCAAUACAUUAUAAUGUCCACAAUUUAUAUGGAUUUUAUGAAGCUAUUGCUACAAACAAGGCCUUAAAAACAAUAAGGAAGAAACGUCCAUUCAUCAUUUCACGAUCUACAUUUUCUGGUUCAGGAUAUUUUACAGGAAAUUGGGAUGGAGACAUCUUUUCUAAUUGGGACAAUAUGAGAUGGACAAUAUCAUCUAUUUUGAAUUACAAUAUGUUUGGAAUUCCAAUGGUUGGUGCAGACAUUUGUGGUUUUAAUGGAAAUACUACCAAAGAACUGUGUGCCAGAUGGUCGGCUUUGGGAGCAUUUUAUCCAUUUUCAAGAAAUCAUAACACUGAUGACGCAAUAGAUCAAGAUCCCGUUUCUAUGGGUCCUGAAGUAGUCAGUGCAGCCAAAAAAGCUUUAACAAUACGAUAUUAUCUACUACCUUAUUUGUACACAUUAUUUUUUAAAAGUCACCUUCAUGGUUUUACUGUUGCAAGACCUUUAUUCUUUGAAUAUCUUCAUGAUAUAAAUACUUAUGGCAUAGAUACUCAGUUUUUAUGGGGAAAAUCUUUAAUGAUAAUACCAACUUUAGAAUCGAAUGUGUCUACAGUAACUGCAUACAUUCCAAAUGACACAUGGUUUGACUUUUAUACCUACAAAAGACUGAAUAGUGGUGUUAAUAAUACUUUUGAUGCACCUAUUGAUAAAAUCAAUUUGGCAUUAAGAGGUGGAGGAGUAAUUCCCACUCAAAUUCCCAAUGUUACAACUACUGCUAGUCGUUUGAAUCCUUUCGGAUUAUUAGUAAUUUUGGAUGUAGUUGGUGCUGAAGGAGAAUUAUUUUGGGACGAUGGAGACAGUUUAGAUUCUGUAGAACAAAAACAGUACACUCAUGUAGCGUUUUACUCCUACAAUAAUUAUCUUACAACAAGAACAAUAUUGCAUGGUUAUGCUAAUAUGCCAGUAUUAAAUAACAUCACAGUAAUUAAUUGCGAAUUCAAACCGUCUUCAGUUACCGUCAAUGGCAAAUCCAUUACAUUCGAUUACGAAGUCGAUAGAAAAGUACUAUAUUUGGACAAUUUAAAUCUUAAUUUCACACAAAACAAUUAUAUUCACUGGAAGUAGAACUGUAUCAUUUUCUGAUUGAACAUAAAUUUUAUGAUUAGUAUAAGCAUAAUCUUUAAAUUAAAGAAUAUUAUUUAGUGGUUAUUAUUAAUGGUUAAUUAACUAUUUUAUGAUUAAUUUUUAAUGCCAUUAAAUAUUUAAUGAUUUUGCAAGUGUCUGUGAUAUUGAAAAAUGGUAAUUUUAUGAGUAGAUCUUAUGUUUAGAAAAUAGAAUGUUUUUGCGCAGAUGUGCUCUAAGAAAACUUUGAUUUGAUGUUAAAUUUGAUUGAAAAUUUUUAACUAUAUACAAUUUUAAGAUUUAUCAAUAUUCAGAAGUAUUAUCAGUUAUCACAUUUUGCCAUGCUUCUGUAAUUAAGGUUUCUGCAUUAUUGUUACUUAAUAAUAGGAAGAUUAUUUAUUUCUUGCAAUUAUUAUACUGGAAAAUUUCUAGAUCCCAGAAUAUUUUUUUACGCUAUUGAUUAUACUUUUACCAAAAUUAUUUUUCUUAAAAUUCAUUGUAAUAACAAAGACCAAAGUUUUUUUUCAUGUAAAAUGUUUUUCAGUUUAUAUCUUGCAGGGAUUUUUUUAAACUGAAGAAUAAUUUUUGUUUCUAUU